GUUAAUGAUGACGCCAUUGUUUUGGGUGUGGCUCAAUAAUUGGAAAAGAUGAUGAAGGAUUUUUCUUCUUUAUUAUUUUUGUUUGCUAUUUUAUUUUCUUGCUCUUCUCUUUUGGACGGAUCUCAGAUAUGUGACAAUGGAGAGUACAAAAUAGAGGAAGACAUUUCUGGUGAAGAUGGUAGCUGCAAAGAUCAAAAUAGACUCAUAAUCAAAGAAUAUCUCAAGCCUGCUGGCCUCAACUUCUGUACUGAACACACAGAGGAUGGCGGAACUAAAUGCAUGAGUGAAGAGCUUCAUUACUCAGCCACGCCUCCUUUAAGUGGCGACUAUAGACCUCUGGCACCUAAAUAUGGCGAAUAUAGUUAUCUACCUCCACAAAGAUGGCUGCAUGUUUUAAAGUAUGGUGCUGUUGUACUGUUGUAUCACCCUUGUGCCCCCAUGGAUCAAGUUAUUGCAAUGAAGGACAUACUUUCUGGUUGUAUGAGGAAGCACAUCAUUACACCAUAUCCGCAUUUAUCAGAAGAAAAGCCUCUAGCACUAGUUACAUUGGGUUGUAUGUACAACAUGUCGUGGGUGGACAAGGCCCCAGUUGAGGAAUGGAUCACAGCUCACGCUCUUAAAGCAUCAGAAUCAGUAGUCACUCAAGAUGGAGAAUAUGAUUCGGGUUUGGUACAACCAGCAGAUAUAGUCAGUGACGUUGCAGAUAGCAUCGUUUGUCCGUCUUCCAUUUCCACGGUGACCAUUGAACCGCCUGACUUGACCACGCCCACAACAAUCCACAACACAUCGGACGAUCCAAUCGACAUCAGUCCUGACUACACCCAGUUAACCACGCCCACAAACUGCUCAAACGACUGUCCCGCAGUUACGAACCACAUCACAGUAGUGUAUUUCAUAGAGCAUCACAUCCUCUUGUUCACACUAUUCAUUAUCUCCUUGGUUCUAUUUAUACUCUUACUAUCAAUAUGGAUAUGUUACUUGAGGCGAAACAGCUCCAUGAGAGAGAGGAGGAGGAGGGUUACUCCUGGAAAGUAUAAGCCGAUGAAUAGCUUCUUUCCUAAACCCGGUGGAGUAAUGGCCAUUGCCAUACCAGAGAUGGGACUCCCUAAAGCAAUGCCUUCAGAAAGAGAGAAACUGAUAGUGGAGUCGGAUGAAGAUGAGCUCUAAUGAAUAAUGGAGGAUUUUCUUUUAUCACUAAUGGUUGUCCUUAUGAAAGCAUGAUCAUCUAAAGUUGUAUAAUUAUUAUAAUAUGUUGCAUGAUUCUACUCUUGAAAAGAAUAACUUAUAGCAUUUCUUACAAUGUGUAUUGUGUGUUGGUACCAAUGAUUUGAAGUUAAUUUUUUAUGUACACGUUUAUGUAGUGACCAUUCAAAAUUAUUAUUAUUAUCACCUAAAUCCCCUGCAAUGAAACUUUAAUAAAUAUUUUUCUUUUUGUUGAUAAGAAUUGAUGUGAAUUG